AUGAAGGCUCUCCUGUUACUGGUCCUGCCUUGGCUAAGUCCUGCAAACUACAUAGACAAUGUGGGCAACCUGCACUUCUUGUACUCCGAGCUAUGUAAAGGAGCAUCCCACUAUGGCCUUACUAAGGAACGGAAGAGGCGUUCCCAAGACUGCUCUCCAGACCAUGACUCCAGCUUAGCAGUAGCCGCCCUGGGCCCCGAGCUCUCGGCAGCUGCGGCCAUCGCCUUAAUGACAGAUGAGCCAGGGCUGGUGAACCCAGCCUUCAGCCCCACCUUGGAGGACAGCCAGUCGGGCAGCAGCCCCGGAGACCUGCAUCGCAGCAACCGAAACAGAACUCGACACUUUGAACGCUCCACUAUAAGAAGCAGAUCUUUUAAAAAAAUAAACAAGGCAUUCAGUGUUCUUCGAAGGACAAAAAGUGGAAGCGCAGUCUCCAACCAGGCUGACCGGGAAAGGGAGACUGUUGGAAACUCUGCUGCUGGAGAGGAAGGUUUUCCCAGACUGUAUCACCUGAUUCCAGAUGGGGAAAUUACCUGCAUUAAGAUCAACCGUACAGAUCCCCAUGAAAACCUGGCCAUUAGGAUUGUGGGAGGCAGUGAGACUCCUUUGGUUCACAUUAUUAUACAGCACAUUUAUCGAGAUGGGGUAAUUGCCAGAGAUGGAAGAUUGCUGCCUGGAGACAUGAUACUAAAGGUGAAUGGCAUGGACAUCAAAAAUGUGCCUCACAACUAUGCCCUAUCAAUCCUGAAGCAACCCUGCCAUGUGCUCCGACUGACAGUGCUCCGAGAGCAGAGGUACCGAUGCCGAAACAGUGGACUUUCCCUUGAUGCUCACUGCAACAGGGAUGACAGUUUCCAUGUUGUGCUAAACAAAAGCAGUCCGGAUGAGCAGCUGGGGAUAAAGCUGGUCCGCAAGGCCGAUGAACCAGGGGUAUUUAUUUUCAACUUGCUGGAAGGCGGCAUGGCUGCCCGUGAUGGACAGCUUCAGGAGAACGAUCGGGUGUUGGCCAUCAACGGGCAUGACCAUCGGUACGGCAGCCCAGAGAGUGCAGCCCAGCUGAUACAGGCCAGCGAGAAGCAGGUUCACUUCGUCGUGUCGCGGCAGACCAGGCAGCAGACCCCUGACAUCUUGCAGGAGGCAGGCUGGAGUUACGGCGGCGGCAGCCCCCAGCCCUGUUCCGUUGAGAGAAAUAACCCCGGCAAGAGCACCCUUCAUGCCGUCACCUGUCACGAGAAGGUGGUGGCUGUCUGGAAAGAUCACACAGAAUCGCUGGGAAUGACUGUAGCAGGCGGAGCAUCGAACCGGGAAUGGGAUUUGCCUAUCUAUGUGAUAAGUGUCGAGCCUGGAGGAGUUAUCAGCAGAGACAGCAGGAUAAAAACAGGUGAUAUCCUCCUGAACGUGAACGGCAUUGACCUGAUGGGGGUCAGCCGGAGUGAGGCUGUCGCCCUGCUGAAAAACACCAACUCAUCGGUGGUGCUCAAAGCCCUGGAGAUGAGAGCGUGCGAAGCCCAGGAGGAGCGGGGCCGCCUGCCGCCCCCCGAGGCCAUGCAGGCGACCUCCGAGAGCAGCGAGUGGUCGCCUUCCUGGGUUAUGUGGCUGGGGCUGCCACGGUAUUUGUACAGCUGCAAAGAAAUUGUAUUACGAAGAAAUACAUCUGGAAGUCUUGGCUUCAGCAUCGUAGGAGGUUAUGAAGAACAUACCGGGAACAAACCAUUCUUUAUCAAAUCCAUCGUUGGGGGAACACCAGCAUAUAAUGACGGCAGAAUUAGAUGCGGCGAUAUCCUCCUUGCUGUCAAUGGCAGGAACACAUCAGGAAUGAUGCACGCCUGCUUGGCAAGGAUGCUCAAAGAACUGAAAGGAAAAAUUACUCUCACAAUUGUGUCCUGGCCUGGCACUUUUUUAUAAAACAAGUCUUCAUGGAGAGUAUGUCAGUAUGUCAAGUAACUUAAUACAGAAGAAAAAAAAAAAAAAAAAGGAACACCAGUCUUUGCUUUUUGUGGUGUGUCAAGUGAAGUGUUCAUAAAGAAAAGGUUUGUGAAAUUUCAACCUGCAGGUCAAGAGAAGUCAUGUUUAGG